GUAAAUAUGGUAGAUCGCCCCGGUAUAUAAGGGCCGUCUUGUCUCCUGAGAAUACACAUGAGAGGUCUCGCAAGUCGACUUGGAACAAAGGCUCGCUACUUCCAACAGUCACCGUUUUUAUCUGUUUCUUCGAUUAUUCCAAGAUCUGUGUACACCGGCUAUUUAACGGGCAAAAUGAGCGCGGUGAAUCGACCGGACAUUACGCUCUACACGGCGCAGACUCCUAAUGGAAUAAAGAUUUCAAUUGCUCUCGAGGAGCUCGGACUUCCAUACAAGGUCGAGCAUAUCAACCUGGCCAAGAAUGUCCAGAAAGAAGAUUGGUUCCUCGAAAUUAACCCCAACGGCCGCAUCCCUGCCAUCACGGACACCUUCAUGGACGGCCAAAAGAUCCGACUCUUCGAGUCUGGCAGCAUCCUUCAAUACCUUGCAGAGCAGUAUGACAAGGAUUACAAGAUCUCCUAUCCCCGAGGGACAAGAGAAUACUACGAGACGAACAACUGGCUAUUCUUCCAGAACGCAGGCGUGGGUCCGAUGCAGGGCCAAGCAAACCACUUCAAUCGUUACGCUCCCGAGCGCAUCGAGUAUGGUGUAAAGCGGUAUAGUAAUGAGACCCGGCGUCUCUACUCCGUGCUGGACAAGCAUCUCUCGACUUCCAAAUCCGGCUAUCUUGUCGGUGACCAUGUGUCCAUCGCAGACAUUUCACAUUAUGGGUGGAUUGCUGCUGCCGGAUGGGCGGGUGUGGAUAUCGACGAGUUUCCGCACUUGAAAGAGUGGGAGGAGAAGAUGGCGAAGAGACCCGGCGUGGACAAGGGCCAGCAUGUUCCUACUCGGAAUACUAUCAAGGACUUAGCCAAGGAUAAGGCGGCGGCGGAGAAAGUGGCUGCUGAGGCUAAAGCGUGGAUUCAGAAGGGAAUGACGGAUGAGGCUGCUAAGCGUGAUAAAAUCUGAGGGCAACGCGGAAUAUAUUCAUGCUGCAUGCUAUGAUCUAAAUAGUAAAUAUAAAGAACGAAUUUCAAAGUUGC